AUGCUCGCACAUGAUGUCUUGCAUCUAUAGACAUGGUCGGUCUCGCAAAAAACUUAUGCUGUCUGACAUUUACAUAUUUGUUUUAGUAUUAAAAUUGUCACUAUUGUGUUUCCUGAUAAUAUUUUUUAUUUGGAAGAAUCUCAAAAGUAUCUUACGACUGCACUCAUUGAAAGUAGGAACAGGAAUGAGCCACCGAUAAGUUAAUGCGCAUGCGUAACUUUUAUUUCAAGACUUCUUGAUACUUCAUGAGAAAGAAACAUCUGUCAAAUUUCUUUCGACGUUGGAUCGAUUAUUUAAUCGGCAACCGCAAAGUGACGCUAUAGUGUUAAAUUGCUGGUGUUUCAAUUGCACGAAGGUAUUUUGUAUCUUACGAUCUCGCGAUUAGACUAAAUUGUUAAAGUUGAAUUACAGCACUUAAUAUUUUUUUCACCAAAAGAUAAAUGUAGGAAAUAUACAUUUAUAUUUAAUAGUUAACCAAAUAGUGGGAGAUAAGCGGGCCUUCGUUUCUUCAAUUUCCAUUAUACGCAUUUCAGUAUUAAUAGGAAAAUGGUCAACAACGUGGAUAGAUAUUUUAGUCUUAACCGUAUUCUUCUGCUAACAGUUGGUUUAUGGCCUUACCAAAAAUCAAUAUUUGCCCGGCUUCAUUUAUUUUGUUUCUUUAGUACUGUUACAAGCUUUAUUAUAUUGCAGUUUACAACAUUUGUAACAUCAAGAUGUACUUUAGAUCACAUUAUAAAGAUUUGCUCUUUCUCAUUUGUUAUCACUUGCACCGCUAUAAAAUACAGUUCAUUUUACAUUAACAGUGACAUAAUAAAGAAUUUAAUAGAUCAACUUCAACAUAUUCAUAAUGAUUUAAAAGAUAACAACGAAAUCGCCAUCGCAGAAAAAUAUGGAAGCAUUGCGAAUCGUUAUACGAUUUUGUUUACAGUAACCCUUUUUUGCAGUAUAUUUGUUAUCAUUAGCUCCUCAUUGUGGCCAGAUUUAACUAAUAUUAUUUUAUCCACAAACGAAUCUCGGCCACGUCGCCUGCAAUUUUCAACUGAAUAUUUUAUUGAUCAAGAGAAAUAUUACUACAUACUGUUAUUCCAUAUAAAUGCAACUUUCUGUAUAGCAUUAACUGUAUUAACAGCAACAGGGUCAAUGCUCAAUGCAUGCCUUCAUCAUACAUGUGGAAUGUUCAGCAUUGCUAGUUACCGUAUCAAGAAUGCAAUAGAAAUUUACGUACAAAAUAUUAAUCUGAAAAACAAGAAUUUUGUUUAUAGGAAUCUUAUUUGCGGUAUACAUAUUCAUCGAAAAGCAAUGAUGUAUUCCGAAUAUUUAAUAUCUAACUUUGAGGUUUCAUUUAUGCUUUUAAUAGCAUUUGGAGUACUUUCUUUAAGCCUUAAUACUUUCCGACUUUUUCAGAUAGUAUCAUCUAAAUUUGAUAUUGGAGAACUUCUACUAACUUUUAUAGUAAUGCUCGUUUGUUUUAUAUACAUGUUCUUAUCCAAUUUUAUCGGACAAGAAAUUAUAGAUCAUUAUGAUUUCGUAUCUUUCACUGCAUACGAAGUCCAAUGGUAUAUAACUCCUAUAUAUAUACAAAAAUUGAUAUUAUUUCUAUUAUUAAGAGGCAACAAAUCUUUUGGCCUGAAUGUCGGCGGAUUGUUCGUGUCGUCUUUGAAGUGUUUUGCUACGCUCGCAAACGCAUCCCUGUCUUAUUUUAUUGUCAUGUAUUCUAUGAGAAAAUGACAGAAGAUACAUAUAAAUUAAUAUUAUUAAAAUAUCAAGUAAAGGAUAAUGCAUUUUAUGUUUAUUUAAAUAGAAUUCGACUCAAUAAAUAUAUAAAUUAAUAUGUGCAGCAUUUACCAUAAUUUACAAUCAUAUUACUGUAAAGAGAAAUUUAGAAAAAAUUAUUUUAUACUCAAUAAUAAAACUCUAUUUUUUGUUUUUAAAUUUUAAUAUACGAAAUAAUGUACUACUAUAUAUUUUGUCAAGAAACAUUAUGCUAAUCAAUGUACUAAAUAUAUAUGUGUAAAGGAUAUCUUAAUAAAAAAAUUAUUUUGGGUUUGAUAUGAUUUAUUCUCGAAA